AUGCCCCAAAAAGGAUUCACAAAUCUUCAAAAGCAUAUAGAUGUGAUACUUCGAGCCAGCAGAUCAGAUGAAAGUUAUAUCAAAGUCAUUGGUCUUUGUCGAGAUUUUAUCAAGACAAAUAAAACAACAAAUACAUACAAUUUAAGAAGUAUCAAUAACAUUGUAAAGUAUAGGGAACCAAAUAUUGAAAAGUUUUUGUUUAAUAAAAUCAAGAUUGCUCAGCGAUCACCAGAUGUUAUCAAGGCUUACCUAGUUAAAACCCCAGUACCAUCUUCCGCCUUUAUUUAUGACGCUGUGAAGGGUCAAAAUGAUUCACAAUUAAAUAAGGUAGCAUUAAGACAACUAUUAUACAAGAAGAAAAAUUUAGAAACAUCAAUAGAGUUGAUUAAAAGAAAUGGUGAAAUUUACAGAUAUCAUGGUGUCCAAAAGCUACAAAAGACUGCACUUUUAUACUUUGCUGGAGUUUUGACAUUUCAUGGCAUUCUUGAGAUUGGCAUAAAAGGCCACGAAUUUAUUCAUGCUAUGUUCGACAUGUACUUUAUCAACUUAUUUCUUUUGACGCUUCUAUUUGGUGGGUCGAAACGUGAAGGAAUCUCGUGGAGGCCAGUGAAUUCAAUUUUCCACAAGUAUUUUUAUGAUUUAGAGUAUCAAUUAUGUGCUAAAUACGUAUCUAUUUAUAGAGAUUUAUUUACAACAAAUGUUUCAAACUUCCAUGACAAAGACUCAAAAUUGAUUAGAACGUUCCAAGAUGGAUUUCAAUAUAAUAAAGAUGAGAUGGAUCAAUUUGUUCAUAAAAAGCUGAGAGAACUGGGGUUCAUGAUAACCCAGAGUCCAAACGAAGAAAUGUUCAGAGAGUAUUGGGACCAUGGGGGUCAAGGGUUCGAAUGGGUUGAACCUGAUAAAGAUCCAGUUGACUUUUUAAAUAUUAAUGAGGAUUCUUGA